CUUUCUUCCCCUUCCCACCAUCGUCGUCCUCUGUCGCCUUUUUCUCUCUAGUCACUGCGCUGUCCGUCAAGGGACCUUUCCCGCCGUCUCUCUUCUCCCCUACUCCCGCUUAUCGAUAACACAAUGUCCCCCACCGUCGAAAAGGAACCGGGUGACGUCCAGCCUGAGGCUGGCACCCCGCCCGAAGCUGAAAAGAAGAAGAGAGAGUACAAGGACUUUGGCCAUGAUGAGGAAAAAGUUACGCACGCCAAUGUGGAUAUGUCGACCAUCGAGUUGAAGGCAGAGGACCUUUACGACAAGGAAAAAGUGGAUUUGGAAACCAUCAUCAUUGACGAUGUUUUCAAGCUCCUCCAAUGCGAUGACAACGGUCUUUCUCCUGAAGAAGCCGCACGUCGUCUGGAGCUAUUCGGUCCCAACAAGCUUGAAUCUGAGGAGCAAAACCCCAUUCUCCAGUUCCUCAGUUUCAUGUGGAACCCGCUCUCGUGGGUCAUGGAAGCUGCUGCUCUCGUCGCUAUUGCUCUCUCCAAUGGUGAGGGCCGUGCUCCCGAUUGGCAAGAUUUCGUCGGUAUCAUCCUGCUCCUGUUCAUCAACUCCUCCAUCGGUUUCUACGAAGAACGUAAUGCUGGAAACGCUGUCAAGGCUCUUAUGGAUUCCCUCGCCCCCAAGGCCAAGGUCAAGCGGGCGGGUUCUUGGUCAGAAAUCGAGUCUGCGGACCUCGUACCCGGUGACAUGGUGUCUUUCAAGAUCGGUGAUAUUGUUCCUGCCGACUGCCGUCUCACCGAAGCCAUCAACGUCUCCAUUGACCAGGCUGCUCUUACCGGUGAAUCACUGCCUCAGUCUAAGAAGAAUGGUGACCAAUGUUUCUCUGGUUCCACUUGCAAGCAAGGUGAAGCUGAGGGCGUUGUCAUUUCAACUGGCGCCAACACCUUCUUCGGUCGCGCCGCCUCCCUCGUUGGCCAGGACGAUGACACCACCGGUCAUUUGCAGAAGAUUUUGGCCCAAAUCGGAUCUUUCUGCUUGGUCGCUAUCGGUAUUUUCGUCCUCCUCGAAAUUGUCAUCUUGUACCCUCGCUUCCAUUACACUUAUCGUCGCGGUCUGGACAAUAUCCUUGUCCUCUUGAUCGGUGGUAUUCCUAUUGCCAUGCCCACUGUCUUGUCCGUCACUCUUGCAGUUGGCGCCCAGCAACUUGCCAAGCACAAGGCUAUUGUUACCCGUAUCACCGCUAUCGAGGAACUGGCUGGUGUUACCAUUUUGUGUUCCGACAAGACCGGUACCCUCACCACUAACAAGCUUACUAUCGACAAGGACACCAUACGUACAUACGGUCCGUUCUCUGCCGAUGACGUCAUCCUCCUCGCUGCCUAUGCUUCUCGUACCGAGAACCAGGACGCCAUUGACUCAUCUGUCGUCCAGGCCAUCGGCGACACAGCCAAGGCCCGUGCUGGCAUCAAGCUCCUCGACUUCAAACCCUUCAACCCCGUCGACAAGCGUACCGAGAUCACCUACCGUGAGGAGUCUACGGGCAAGCUGAAGCGCGUCACCAAGGGUAUGACCGGUAUCAUCAUCGAGCUUUGCACUCGUAACAAGACUGAGGAGCUCGAGAACAGGUUGGAGGCCGAUGUUGAGGAGUAUGCUGCUCGUGGUCUCCGCGCCCUUGCGGUCGCGUUCGAAGAGGUUGAUGGUGAUGACUUCGAGGCAGAGGGCAAUGGAUUUGAGCUCAUUGGUCUUCUUGCCAUCUUCGACCCUCCCCGUGAUGACACCAAGCAGACUAUUGAUGAUGCCAUUGCCCUCGGUGUCAAGGUGAAGAUGGUUACUGGUGAUCAGUUAGCUAUUGCAAAGGAAACCGGUCGUCGUCUUGGUUUAGGUGACCACAUGUACCCUGCCAAGGUGCUCAAGGACGGGCCCGCCCCCGGCAGCAAACAUGGUUCUUUGGAUGAGAUGAUUAUGGAUGCCGAUGGUUUUGCUGGAGUUUUCCCAGAGCACAAGUACGAGAUCGUCAAGCGUCUGCAGGGUUUGGGCCACUUGUGUGCCAUGACUGGUGACGGUGCCAAUGAUGCACCUGCUUUGUCCCGUGCCAACGUCGGUAUUGCCGUUGAAGGUGCGACUGAUGCCGCCCGCGGUGCUGCCGAUAUCGUCUUGACGGAGCCCGGUCUUUCCACCAUCGUCCAUGCUAUUCGUGGCUCUCGUAUCAUUUUCCAGCGUAUGAGGAACUACUCAAUCUACGCCUGUGCCGUCACUAUUCGUAUCGUUGUCUGUUUCGCUGUAUUGGCUUUCGCGUACCAGUUUGACUUCCCGCCAUUCAUGGUUCUUAUUAUCGCGUUGUUGAACGACGGUACCAUCAUGACUCUCUCCGUUGACCGAGUGCUACCCUCCAACACUCCAGAUAGUUGGGAUCUGGCCGAGAUCUUUGCCUUCGCUGUUGCGUAUGGUUUGUACCUGACCAUGUCAACGAUUUCCUUGGUCAUCAUCAUCAUGGAGACCAACUUCUUCCAUAACAAAUUUGGUGUCACGCUUGAGGAGUACCCUGUCCAGGCCAAUGACCGUCAACUCCACAUGGUUGUCUACCUUCAAGUCGCCAUUAUUUCUCAGGCUCUGAUCUUCGUUACUCGGUCGCACGGAUUCUUCUUCAUGGAGCGUCCUUCCGCUGCUCUCUUCUUUGCUUUCUGUCUAGCACAGCUCGUGUCUUCGAUCAUCGCAGCCUACGGCGACUGGGGCUUCACCAAGAUACACUCUAUCUCUGGUGGAUGGAUCGGUAUUGUUUGGGUCUGGAACAUCGUCUGGUUCUUCCCUCUUGACUACAUCAAGUUCGGUAUGAAGGCCACGGUUAUCAAGUACCUCCGCGAGCGUCGCGCACGCCAAGUCGCUGCUGCACCUCACGAUGCGGAGGGUAUUCCCAUCACUCGUACCCAAUCGCGCGUUGCCUCUAUCAACGAGUCCUUGUAUUCCAAUCGUGUAUCUUUCAUUAAGAGGGCUGCACGGAAGGUUGGGUUUGGUGGCAGAAUUUCGAUGAAACCGGAAGAGUUGCAGCGUUUCAGCAGCAUCCAAGCACAGCGUGUCGGUGCGACUUUGGCUCGUAACCCGUCACGCACUGCCGCUUAAUUGAGAGAAGUUUGUGUGAAGAGUCUGGAGACGAUUAUCUCGAUUUGUUCGCUCGUUCUUCGUUAUCUUAGCGGAACUGGUGUCAUUUACUUUAUUGUCUCUCAUUCACGUACUAUUAGAUCCUCCACGCGCAUUAUUUUUUAAACAUUACAUGGUUGCAAUGCUAGUACAUGACAUCGGAUAUCCCCAAAAGGUAGAGUGUGUUUGUAGGAGUGGCUUGGAGAUUGUUCCUGACAAGGACUGCUUGGAGGUGUAUAGUUUGAUUUCGAUACGUAUCCCAUUCCAUGACUUUGUACGACUUAAUUAUCUACCUCUACACAGAAAAAUACAACUACUAUUUAGACUCUACUU